CCAAAAUGCCGAUGUGGCUGCCGAGAUAAUAGAAACUUCUAUUUCUCCUGCAAGUUUCAGAACAAUCUGUUGCAAUGAAACUUUUAAUACUGGUAUUAUUCUGUGUCUGCUGUUCUGUUAAAGCAGAAGAAGACGAAAGACUUCCAAAUAAAUGCGAAGUGUGUAAGUUUUUGACGGUGGAGCUGCAGGAUGCGCUGGAGAAAAGUGGUCGAUCCAAAGAAGUCCUGGAGGUCGGAGAAGUGCUGGACACAGGCAAGAGAAGAAGAAAGAUUAAAUACAACACCUCGGAAACCCGGCUGACUGAGGCGGUGGACAACAUCUGUGAACGCAUCCUUCAGUAUAAUGUUCAUGCAGAGAGGCCUGGCAGCCUCCGAUACGCCAAGGGUUCAAGUCAGACCAUGACGACUCUGAAGAACCUGGUCCACAAGGGAGUUAAAGUGGAUUUGGGUCUGCCCUUUGAGCUGUGGGACGAACCCUCUGUAGAGGUGUCGGACAUGAAAAAACAGUGUGAGACGAUGCUGGAGCAGUAUGAGGAUGUUGUGGAGGACUGGUACUUCAAUCACCAGGAGAAGAGGCUGGAGAACUUCCUCUGUGAGAACCACGUCCUCAAGACAUCAGAGCAAGAAUGUAUAAAGGAGGCAUGGAAAGGAGACAAGGGGACCAGAAAAGGGGACAAGGCGGUAGAAAGCAAGAGCCCAGAAGAGGAGGGAACAACACAUGACGCCGGGGAGCUAUAAGGAAAACAUUUCCAAAAAUAGUAAUGCAGAAAGGCAACAAAAUAACCUCAUUUUAAGCUUUUUAGCUGCAAACUGCAAAUAAAUUAUGUAUUGUAAGACUAUUUACGGUCAACCUACAUUUUUACUAUAUUUCUGGUGCCAAAUCUUGGUUCUAGAGUUUAUGUUUUAACACUAUAUUUCUCCUUUUAUUCUUAUAUGAAUGGUGUCAGCCUUUUAAGAACUGUUGCACUGUUUUAUACACUCAGCUUUUUGGAUUGAAGUUUGAAGCCUUUGCCAUUUAUAUUUACGUCCUCUACAGUAUUAUAUUACGUGUACGCGCUGUUACAACUCUCCUUAUGCAAACAAUAUGGUACAUAACACUAUAUUUUACCCAAAAUUACUGCCUUAAAAAUGCAAUAUGUACAGUUUUUCCAUUGUGAAUAAAAUGAU